AUGUACGCUCUUACCAACAUCAAAGGUGUGGGAAGAAGAUAUUCCAACCUUGUCUGCAAAAAAGCCGACGUCGACUUGAACAAGAGAGCUGGAGAGCUCACAUCUGAAGAACUUGAGCGGAUCGUUACAAUUAUCCAAAACCCCACCCAGUAUAAGAUCCCUUCAUGGUUUCUUAACCGACAACGAGACAUUAUUGACGGAAAGAACUACCAAGUCUUGGCUAACGGUGUCGACUCAAAACUACGUGAAGAUUUGGAACGCCUAAAGAAGAUUCGUGCCCAUCGAGGUCUGCGACAUUACUGGGGACUCCGGGUUCGUGGUCAACAUUCCAAGACUACGGGAAGGAGAGGAAGAACUGUUGGUGUAUCGAAGAAGAAGGGUGGUUAA